GUGUCAUGAACGGUAUCAAAACCCCAAAUUCAACCAAGUGUUCAUCUCUUACAAGAACCACCAAACUCCCACCCCAAGAAACUCAUGAACCAUCCCACCACCUUCAUCCUCUUCCAUUGUCCAUCCCUCCUCCCUUAGACCCACAAAAACAUUUAUUAACUCUUCUCUUCAUCCUCUCUAAUCCCUUCAUGCAUGCCCCCUUUUCCUCACUUACACACACACACACAUGCACAUAUCCAUCAACUCACAUUCAUUCUCAUCCUAUUUAAUUACUAAUAAUUAGAGAGUGAGAGAGAUAAGAGAUGAUGAUGGAGCUUGAGAAGCAAAGAGAAUUAUUGAAGAAGAAGAAGAGUGAGGAAGCACCAAAGAAGUGUCCCAGAUGUGAUUCCAUGCAAACAAAGUUCUGUUACUUCAACAACUACAGUGCAUCUCAACCACGCCAUUUCUGCAAGUCCUGCAAACGUUACUGGACCGACGGCGGCACUCUCCGGAACGUUCCCCACGGCGGAGCCACCUCCCAGCGCCGCCCCAAGCGUGCUCGGAUAUCCCCAUCAACUUCUAUAGCCUCCCCUUCUUCUUCUUCUUCAUCUUUAUCACAUACUGUUUUCCCUCAGACUUUCACUGCUCUUCAUCCAACUAUGUUGCCAUCUUUUCAUUUCCCUCCUGCUGAGUUUGAUAUUCAAGUUGGUGAGCCAUGGCCGGAGUUCUUGAAUGCUGAGGAGGAGUUUGAUAAAUGGGCAGAGGAGGACAUACCUGUCCAUGAGUCCCAUCCUUCUUCUCCAACAAUCAUAUGAUCUCAAGCUUCAUGUUUUGUAAUUAGAGUAACACGGUUCUGGGUUUCACCUGUAUUUGGUUUUUGGCUCUGAGGAAAAAAAUAUGGGGUUAAAGAUAUGAUGCUAACAUUUCAUAGAAUACCCUGGUUUGGCUUCAAAGAGUAUCAAAUCCUGAUUUUUAACCAAAAAAAAAAA